GGAAGUCAUGUAUUUCCCCACCUCUUUCGCAUUUUGUCCUUCAGAGGAAAACGGCAUUCGUCAUUUUAUGUUACUGUACCGAGGAAGUUGUGUUCGUUGACUUGUCCUGCAACAUGAGUGGCUGUCGUGUGUUCAUUGGAAGACUGAACCCUGCUGCCAGAGAAAGGGAUGUGGAAAGGUUCUUCAAGGGAUAUGGGCGAAUAAUAGACAUUGAUUUGAAGAGAGGCUUUGGAUUUGUGGAAUUUGAUGAUCCAAGAGAUGCUGAUGAUGCAGUUUAUGAGCUGGAUGGAAAAGAACUGUGUAAUGAACGAGUCACCAUUGAGCAUGCCAGAGCACCGCGUAGAGGAGGAUUUAGGGGAGGAAGAGGUGGCUAUGGAGGUGGUGGUGGCGGCCGUGGUGGAAGCAGAUUUUCUGAUCGUUACGGUAGCAGACGUCCACGGAAUGAAAGUAGGAGGAGUGCUCCUCCUCUGCGUACAGAGAAUCGUUUGAUUGUGGAAAACUUGUCUUCAAGAGUUAGCUGGCAGGACCUCAAGGAUUUUAUGAGACAAGCUGGAGAAGUUACUUUUGCUGAUGCACACCGACCAAAGUUAAAUGAAGGGGUAGUGGAAUUCGCUUCUUACAGUGAUCUGAAGAAUGCUAUAGAAAAGCUGAAUGGUAAAGAGAUCAAUGGAAGAAAAAUCAGACUGAUCGAAGGCUAUAAGAAAAGGUCGAGGAGCAAGUCGCGAUCAAGGAGUAGAAGUUCAUCUAGAUCCCGCAGUCGAUCUCGCUCCAGAAGCCGCAGAUCUUACUCAAGGUCCAGGAGUAGAAGUGCCAGCAAAUCACGUUCCCCAAGCAGAUCCCCUGUAGCUGAUCAGUCUCCAAAACGUGCCUCUUCAGCUUCACCGUCCAAAUCUCCCAGUCCACAACCAAGGUCACGAUCACAGUCAAGGUCACCAUCAAGAUCGCGGUCAAGAUCUGCAGACAGCAGAAACUGAAUUGUGUAUAUAGUUGUAUAAAACUUUUUGUAUUUGGUAGGAUGUGGUGAAUAGUUAGGUGCGCAUGAGUGUGUGAAUCUGUGCACGAGUGUGUGAAUGUCUGCAAAUCAGAAUGUUUUUCUUAUGGACCAGAGAAUUAAGUACAGGAGCCCUAGUUCAUAUUAGUGCGUUUUUCCCCCUCUGUAUGUGUAAGUGCACCUUUUUACUUUUUAAAAUUAAUACACACUACAGAGCUCAUAGCAAAAAAAAAAAACCUUCCUCUCUCUUAAUUUCGUUGAAUCUGGAAAAGUGGCAUUGCUUUUUGGCAAUCCAAUGCCCUUUGGAAAUUCUUUUAUAGCAUGUCACAAUGUGGUCAAUUCUAAAUUGUGUUAAAUUAACUAAAAUCUUUGUGUAAAUAUUUAAGAAGUUUAGUUUUUCCCCCUCCUGUAAUCUUUUGCAUAAGAGCUCUAAGGAUCUGACUGGUGUGAGGUGGGGGCUGGCUGGCUUUGAAGCUUUAGUUCAUAAACUCGUUGUAUGUGUAGGCUAAGUUUUACUGAUCACAUGGCAGUAAAAUUAGCAGCACUGAACAAAUCUGCACAUAGUUUUUGGCUGUUCUGGGAAUUAUAACUUGCACAUUUGCUUCCAGCCCUGCAUUUUAGUGUUGAGAUCCUUGGUUGACUUUUUUGUCAUUGUCCCAUUUUUAAUAAAACAAAAAACAAAA